GACACGGCUGGAGACGGCGAGGAUCACCAGGAGCUCGUGGACCACCCGGACCAAAAGGGCCCAAAGGAGACAGAAGGUCUCCCGGAUAUCAUGGUCCAGCCGGAAGUCCUAGAUCUAAAGGACCAGAAGGACCGAGAGGGUCCAAAGGGGACAGAGGGUCUCCUGGAUCUCGUGGUCCAGCCGGAAGUCUUGGACUUAAAGGACCACCAGGACCGAGAGGGUACAAAGGAGACAGAGGGUAUCGCGGAUCUUCUGGUGCACCCGGACUUCGUGGACCUCCCGGCCCAAAAGGUAAAACAUUGGAAAAUGUCUAUGCUGGGAGAGUUGACCGCUAACCAAAAGGUUUGGAAUUGGUUUACUUAUUGCUUUGUUCAUAUGAAGAAGUGGCUGACCCGCUUGUCGCUUGGCUCAGCUUUCCGAGACAUGGUCGUGGGGUAAAGAUGUCAGGUCACGUAUGAGCACACCAGGCUCAGUAUAGCCAGUUUCCAAAAUUAAUUAAGUCAAGACUAAACCCAGAGUGGCUAGGUAGGUAGUUUUUACUUGUUCAAACAUUUAUAAUCACUGUGAUAUUGCAAUGGCGAUCGACUGUCCGUUUUGCCACCAGUUUGCAAUUAAUAAUUAUAAAUAAUUGUAUAAAGUGAAACAGCAUUUGGGAAUUCUAGAGUCUAUAAGUGUUGAUACUGCAACAACUCAUUACCUAACAUUGAUCAAUUCAUUUGGUAAAAAAUUGCUCAACUUCUGUUUACUGGCAUGCUUGUUUCCAAUUGGUAAAUCAGUCACUGAAACGUAAAGCCAUUGGUUGAUUCAAAUACACAGAAAGCUGAUUAAUUUUUCAACGAAAAAAUUUAUCAGUUCUAAGUAAUGAAUUGAUACGAUAUUUUAUCAACACUUCCUUUGCAACGACAGUAAACUAACAAAGCGCAAUAACAAUUUGAAUUGCAGCCUGCGUGUUGGGCCUUCGUUGAAAGGGUAAAGAAAAAUCGAGAACGGGGGCCAAAAGCCGGGUUUUUCUGCAGUAGCAAAGCUAGCCAUAGCAACAGGCCAUAGUUCACUGCAAAUUUUUAAUGAUUCGCAUUAUUUAAAUAUUUAUAAUUAGUAUUUUUGCACAAGUGAACAUAACAAAUCCUACAAGGUGAUUGGUCAAAUUUGACUUAUUAAUCUGCUAUAUUCACCUACAGGUGAAUAUAACAAAAUCGAAAUUUUCAAAAAGGCGGCUAGCCGUUUUGUUGAAGUUAGCGAUAAAGAAAUAAGCAAAAUUAAAAUGAAUUCUGACCAGAAAAACACAAGCCCUCAGGCUCGGUGAUUAUCGGGGAAUAUUCACUUCGACUUCGUCUCGGCGAAUAUUCCCCGAUAAUCACCGAGCCUUUGGCGAAUAAUUGUUAAAUGUAUUGACUUUAACCUGUUUAGAUGCUAAUUUAUUAGCAUAACAUGGCUAGUUGUUAUGGCUAGCUUUGCCUCUGCUUUUCUUCUCCAACUAGAGCCUGCCACACAGACCAUGUGAGUAUUAAGUCGUCAUCCACGAUGUUCACUGCUGUUUUGCUAAAAGAAAUUUCGAGUGAUAUUUAUGAUAGUCUUUGAAAUUUUUUAUUAGAUGUAAAUCUUGUUAAUUAUGCUUGAUUCUCACAAGUGUUUUAUCACUUUACUUGCAGGCGAGCCAGGAGUUUCGUCAGAAUCGGAAUGUGAAGUUGUUACUGGUAACGGGACAGUGACCUGUCCCGCCAAUAAAUGUGCAUUCGGUUGCGUAGCAACAUGUGGCUGUCUUGAUUCUACAGAUGUGCAUACCUGUAUUUCUGAGUGCGAAAACGACAACGUUAAGGCAUUAUGCUGCUAG